UUUGAAAUGUUGAUUUUGUUUAGGCAAGUAAAUUAUAUUGAACUUUUGCUCUGUAUCUGAUCCUAAAAAGAAUUUAUUCAUUUAUCAACUGUAUUAAAAAAGUGGUCUGAAACCUAGAUAGAAUGAACAUUGCAGUCAGAAAAAUUAGUCACUUAUGUAUAAGAGCAAGUUUUAUUGUCUAAUUUUAAUUCUAUGGUCAAUAUUAAGUUUGGACUUCGUCCUUGGUGCUGACUCAUCAUUGAACCUCAAAGACAUUUGUGAAAUCAGUACCGAGAGAUACCCUAAUGAGGACCACAACAUAAGUGAGAUUCUGCAGACUUAUAAAACCUGUUCCCAAAAAAUAGAUCAAUAUUCUGGUGUAACCAAAAAUGUCUUAUUGAGACAACUAAUUAAUAAGCUUGAUUGUUUUAAAGAAGACCUUAAACAGUUGUAUUACGAAGGCAACCUCAGGUACAAAGAUGUCCAGCUGGUGGAGCACAUGGAGCAAGAAUUGCAAAAUAAAGGAGAGGUGAAUUUACGACUCGGGGACAUUCGUAGGAGCCCAAUCAAGUGCAACAUUGCUAGACAAGUCAGAUCAACUGUCAAGCAUAUUAUACCAUUAGUGGUCACCGGGACAGCAUCGGAGAAACGAAGAGCAUGUGAGGCAAUUUUGAAACAAGGCAAAGAUGGGAACAUAACACAAUUGUUAGACAUUCCGACACCAAAGCUUGAUAGUAACAAGGAGCCAACAGAGUUGACUGUGCCACUCAAUGUGACGAAUCCAGCCACCUACAAAGUCGACAGUCCGGAUGCAGACAACGUAUUGACUCAGUACUACAAAGUGGUUAUGAAAUGUUUGACUCUAACUACAGAGCAUAAGAUUCAAGUUUUUAAAUUUAACAAGAAAUUUUAUGACUGGCUAUCUCAGGCUGUACUCCCUCAUCUGAAAGAUGACAAAUGCUAUCCAGCCUUUGGCGGUGUCUUGAGAAUUGUUGAAACUAUGAGAGAGAAUGAUUUUGUCCCGAAGAAUGCUACUGCCAAUUUCAUUUUCUACAGGCAGAAAAACUUGGGUGUGAAGGAAGAAGAAAAACGGAAAAAAGAAGAACAUCCAGGAAAAAUCAUUCACUCGUCUUCCUUCUAUUUGAUGUUUAUCCCUUGGCUAAUGUUUAUAUGUUUGGCUGUUGCAUUUCUGACAUGGACGUCGAGAAGGGAACAAUGUUUAAGUUGGUGUUGUGCGAAGGAUAAUGGUAGUUGCGAUAGUUCAACAGAAGUGUUCUAUUACCCGAUUGAAGAAUCUCCAUCAGUAUCACUCGACUUAGAUGAGGUUGUCUCGGAGCCACUAUACAGUCAUAGAUCAAGUGAGUCUAUAGAUAAACCUGAACAUAAAGAGAGGCCGAGGCAACGAGGAGACGAGUCACAAGUGUACAGCAUGAUGUUUGAGGAGGAAAAUACAUUGGUUGGACUGCCCAUGAAGAGACAGUGGCUUAGUAAAGAUUUCUCAUCAAGCAGUCAUGAGCUAAAAUCUCCUGGUAAACGCCAGAAGAAAACUUGGUACCAGAGUUAGACGACACCUUGACGUGGAACCUUAGACCAACGGGAGUUCAGAUUUAUUAUCUCGAGUAAAAUUGAAAUA